GUCACGGUCCCCUAAGUACCUCUUUCACUCGAACCUUCAUCAUCUACAAUGUCAUCUCGCCCUGAACAUACUCGCAAGAGCUCUCUCGACCCAGAUGCAAUGCAUAACCUCGAGAAGCGCCUCAGUGAACGCCCUGACAAGAACGAGUUGGUAGAGCGUAAUAUUCUGAAGGACGACAAGGGCAUUGCCCCCGCCCUUGUAGCAGCCAAGGAGAAACUACAAAGAUCACAGCUCGAGGACAAACUCGAUCAUGCGUUACAGCAGCGCCCAAAGGCGGAGGAGCUCGUCAAGGGUGGUAUCUUACUUGCAAGUGAAGCACCCAUUGAGCAGGAAUAAAUGAGGUAUUAUAAUUUUGAGUUGUAACAAUAGCUGUUAUGCAUGUAUGAGCAACAGAAUUCAUGGACGGAAAGGCAAAUAUUAUCCUCACUUUAUGGCAUCUAUA